CAAACAAUUUCCACAAAGAAAAUGUCCCCUCAGAGUACAAUAUACUUUAGUAGCGAUUCUAUGAAGUAGUCUUUCCCAUCCAGACGUUUUACUGCAUGAUUCUGUAAGGUGAAACCCCAGACAAGAUAUUCGAUGGGUCGGUGCCCCCCGCUCUUCAGAAUGGACUCGUCCAGUUCUCAUCGCCGGAAUCGAUAGUUAUAAAGAAGCUUGAAUAUUGCAGCUCUGUUUCGGCACCGGCUGACGUGACAUCACGAGUCUUCAGGUAACGGAAUCCGUUUAUAGUCCUCAGACUUAAGCAAAGUGAAGUGGGAGAAAUAAUGGAGGAACAGCUGAAAGAUCCUAUUAAUAAAGUGUCUCUGAUCCAAGAUGAGCUGAGCAGGAGCACUGUGGAGGCCAGUGAGUAUGAGAAGGUCAUCCAGCGGUUGAACCAUGAACUGCAGGAGGCCAAUGAACAGGCCAGUUCGGGCAAACACAAGUGUAUUGAACUCCAAGGUCUAUUGGAGGAGGAGAAAAGAGGUAAUAAGCAGCAGGCCGAGGAGUCAGCAAAACAGAUGAAGGUCUUACAGACUCAGCUCCAGAAGCUGCAGGAAGAUAUGGAGAAUCUCAGGGAUCAGAAGGACAGCACAAUCUUCAGCUUGCGUCAGGAAGCGCACGCAGCUGAGGAGGACCUGCAGGUGUUGCGCCGCACUAUGGAGAAAACGGCAGCCGAGCGAGAGCAUGAGGUUAGCGCGCUGAAGGGGAACUUGGCGACGCUAACUUCCGAGCUGGAGAAAUGGCAGUUGGCUGCAAACAAGUACGAGCGUGAGCUUGACAGUGUACAGGCCAGUCACCAGCAGCAGAACCAGCAGAGAGACAGAGCGGCCAAACAGCAAGCAAGCGAGCUGGAUCGGCUGCAGAAGGACUGUGAGUGUCUGAGGAGGGACUGUGCGUCUCUGAGGUCAGAGAGAGAGCAGCUGGCUGAUAAACAGCAGAAAGAGAAGAUCAGCCUGCAGAGUGAGAGCAGCACCCUGCGCUCAGAGAAGGAACAGCUACUGAAGAAACAACAGCAGCUGGAGAAAGAGCUGGACAGCUCCAAGAAACAGAACACAAGCCUGAGCAACAUGGUCAAGACCCUUGAGAAGACGCAGGUAGACCUGGAAAAACGACUGAGCGUCCUGCAGGAGGAACACCAGAGAGCCACCAGCCAGCUGGAGCAAAGCAAUAGCAGGAUCAAAGAACUGCAGAAAGAGUAUGAGGAGAUCCAGACAGAGCUGUCAGGCCUCAGGGAGAAGUAUGAGAAUGCAGAGGAAGAGAAACGCUCCUUCACUCUGGAGCUGCAGCAGAGCAAAGAGCGUCUGAGUCUUCUGCAGGACAAAGAAAACAACCUGUCUUUAUUGCAGCCCAUCCUAGCCGUAGCCAUCGGCGUUGUCCUGGCUUUGCUGUAUUGGUGCUUGGGCCCAUUGUGGUAGAAAGGGAAAAUGGAUCCGGUGGAUGCCCGUCGCUGCUGUGACCAUUGCCGUGACAGGGUAUUUGCUUUCAAAGACCUCAAAAUAAACAACGUGAUGAACCAGUAACAAGCACACGCACCAUGACAUGCAUAUCUAGUAAAUGUUUCUCAGACUUGUGACAUUUUGUAUCAUUUUAGUCUGUGUGGUGUUAGUUUGAGUAACGAGUGUUUAAAUGCAACUUCUUACUUGAGUAUUGAAGGCCUUAGAAUAAUAAUGUCACAACAUUCCCUCAUUUGCACCAUAUGUAAUAGAUUUUUUUUAAAUGAGAGAUUCUGUAUCUGACCCAUAACAGGUAUUUUAUUGAACACUGUUGCUUUGCUAAACAAAAAAUUAGUGAGUUGCCUUAUAUAACAUAACUUUAGAAAAACAAAUGUUAAUGCAUCCCUAAACGAGCACUUUCAUGAAAACUGAUUCAGAACUGCAAAGCCCACUGUAAUAACCAUAUAAGUUCUUUACGUUUUAACUUGAUCAUAUGUUUUGCGGCUUAAAGGCCUAAAUCUGCUAGCAAUGUUGUAUGUCUUUGCACCUUAUAUGAAGCCAUUAGUGAUUAGUCUAUGCACUGUACUUUAUUGUGAUAAGGAUUUGCCAUAUUAAUGACGAUGAUGAAGAUGAUCACUAUUAACCUUGGACAUUAGAGUGCUAAUGUGUCCGAAAGAGACCUAUAAUAGAGUGUUUAUGAUAUAUUAUGUUUAUUACUUGUACAGAGAUUUUAGGAAAAACUACCUGAUCUAACAUACAUGAUAAUUGCAAUAAAUAAGCAAAAGUGAAGUUCAACCCUA